UCUCUAUAAAUCUCCUAUCAUAUCACUCGCCAUGGCCACACAACAUAGAACCUACUCCCCCUCCCUCCCCCACACCUACCUCUCCACUCUCCUUUCACUCGUUUCCCCUAUGAAGACCAUGACCAAGCCAUCAGCCAUUCGCUCCCCAUCUCCACGCUUGCUCGCGGCAGCUCUCGUGGCGACGGCGCUUGUGUUUCUCGCGCCGGAUCGAGCACCAGUGGCGGAAGCCGUGACGUGCAGCCCCACGGAGCUCAGCUCGUGCAUGUCCGCGAUCACGUCGUCCGCGCCUCCGUCUGCUCUGUGCUGCAGCAAGCUGCGGCAGCAGAGGCCAUGCCUCUGCGGGUACAUCAGGAACCCGAACCUCCGGCAGUACGUCACCUCUCCCAACGCCAUGCGGGUCGCUAGCACCUGUGGCGUCCCGACCCCGACGUGCUAGUUUCCCGGAACUGGGAAGCUCCCAUGUCCGACGAUGCCGAGGGAAGACGGAGAUGAGAGCCGAGUAUGGUACUAGUUUGCCUAGUGAAAUCAGUAGAGAAAUAAAGAGACGAGCAAGAUUGCUGGAACAAUCUCAUGUUGCAAAGAGAUGAUGUUGCCAUGAGCUAUUUAAAUAGUGGUACUCUAUGAAUGAAUGAAGUGAAACUCUUAUUUAGUAGUGUUCUACAA